UAUAACAGUUUACAUCUUAUUGAACUUUACAAUGAAACUACUUGGAAUUUUCUUCGCCUGCUUGUUGGUUAAUGAAAUCUAUGGAUUUUCCGAUCGUAUGUGUGGUGCAAAAUUAACACAAAUUAUGUGGAUUGUAUGUGAAAAUGGCUUCAAUAGCAUGAUAGCCAAAAGAUCGGAUCAUGCUAACUCUAUUAUACCAGGCAUUGAGAGUGAUGUUCCUUAUCCCUUAGCUUCUUCAUCACUUUCGAAUAUUUUCCAAGUAGAACAAGGAAAUUUACUAGCGAAAACACGUCGUAUUCGUAUGCUGGGUAUUGCAGAUGAAUGUUGCAAAAAGGCCUGUAAAUACAGUGAAUUGGCAGCAUAUUGUAUAAACUAAAAGAGGAAUGAAGCUGCAGAUUAUUUUUUACAAAAAUCUAAUAUUAAAAAAAGCACACGUACUUAUUUGUAUUAAUAUGCAAU